AGCGAGGCACCACAUUGAAAUGUUCUUUCUGCCCAAAGGUCUUUAGCAGUAGGUUCGGCUUCACUUAUCAUACUAAGACUGCACACGGUGAAAACAAGAUAGAAGAAAACUUUAAAUCAACCAGUGAUACACUGAUACCUAUGAGCAAGUGGGAAAAAUCUACAAUGAAAAAGGAAACAGAAAAGGAAUUCAAAAAGAUAAAAGCGGCAUGUACAACUGUAAAUUAUGCGAUUAUAAAACCCCACGAAUGUUCCACAUCAGAAGACAUUUAGGCGUUCACUACGGAAACACUAACAAAUGUGAACAGUGUGAAAAAACUUUUUCAGAUUCUUACAAGUUGAGGCUUCAUGUACAAGUUAAGCAUGGGAAUCUAAGGUUUGAUUGUGAUUACUGUCACAGAGAUUUUGGAACAAAGGAAGGUUUGAAGUACCACCGUCUGUCUGCACACGAGGGUAACUGGAAGUAUCUCUGCCCCGACUGUGGUCAGGGUUUCUACCAGAAGCAUCACUUCGAAGGCCAUGUCAACAAACACAAAGGAAUCAAAGCCUAUGGUUGUAAAACUUGUGGAAAGAAAUUUUUCUAUCAGUCUGAUGUAUCGAUACACAAAAAGCAUUGCGGACAAGAAAGAAAGCCAUUAGAAAAACCAACCACAUUUGUUUGUCAUGUUUGUGGGGAUCAGUUCAAGAAAAAAAGUAUACUUAUUGAACAUGAAAAUGGCAAGCAUGGGAGAGUUGGGCACUAUAUCUGUGAAUGUGGGGUCAGUUUUAAAUGGAGAAACUCCCUUCGCCAACACAAACAAAGGUGUUCUACAGCAGCGGCCAUUUCCGAUUACUCCGUCACUGAUAUCACUGAUCUUAGCGGGGCCUCAGACUUUAUAGCCAUGCAGAUCAAACCUGAGCUGGACUCAGAUGUUAUCAAUACUGAGGCUGGGGAUAUGGAAGCAAUGGAUACAGAUGAUAAUCAGCCAGACAAUACAUCCUAUUCACAAACGUCGCCACCUGAGGGUGAAACGGAAAAUAACACGAUAGCUGAAGUAGAAAACGAUGACCAGUCAUUCAUAGUAAAGGAAGAACCAACAGAAAGCGAGGUGUUUCAACAUGGGGCAAUGCUCACUCCUCCAGAUGUCGCCACCAAUGCACUGUACGAGAUGCCAGCUGCACAGGUAAGUGACCAAGAAGGUAAUGAAUCUGAUUUUGUGAUAUAUCCCGAUGACUCCUCUACUUCUAGUUUUGACGAUUGUCAUUAUGGUUCAACCUUGGACCAUUCAGAUACUGAGGAUGAUGAUGAGGCUGCCGGUUUUACUCAUUCUUCCAAGACAAACGAGAACACUAAAAAAAUGGAGGGAACAUUUAUGGAAUUAAGAAAUGAACCUUUGAGGAAAAAGUUCAGGUGUCCCCGUUGCGGAAAGGUUUUCAGAAUGCGAAAUGCUUUAAUCCGACAUCGCAGUAUUUGUCACAGACAAGCAGUUAUAAGGAGAAGUGUGAUUGAGAUGUAUGUUUGUGGAUUCUGUGAUGGGAGAUUUUCAAACAAGGAACAUUUUAAAGAACACAGCAAAACCCACCAACGAAAAAUGAGGAAAAAACUUAAAAUAAAGCAAAAUAUCAAAAGGAAGACAAAGGAACAAUUUGAUAAUUUCAAACAAAAUGAACUGGUCCUUGACAAUCGCAAUAUGGAAAAUAUAGAAACAGUUUCUCAGGCAGAGGUUGUGUUUGACAUUCCAGUGAGUCAUAGUGUCGACAAUGGUACAGAAUCUGAUUCUGAAAAUCGGAUGACAUCCAUGCUACAAGAUGAUGAUGUUUCUGCUAGAGGCACGGAUCUCCAAUUAAUCAGUAAUCAUGUUCACCCAAAGGAAGUUACUGUGCAAGUUGGAAAUGCAAAUGACAGUGAACAGUGUGAUGAGCAACCCCAAUGUGAACAAUCUGAUCGGGAUUCAGAAAAUUCUCAUAAUGAAUCUUUCCAAGCGAUGGAUGAAUCAAAUCACGAGCCAAAACGCGACCAAGGAAAGGAUUUCCCAUUUGUAAAUGUUGCGGUUGUAGAUUUGAGCAAUGCACAAGAAUAUCCAAGUAAGGAUUUAGACAGUGGUUGGGAUUUGUCACUAAAACCAAAUCACUCAGGAAUAACGCAGGAUAAAAAUAGAAACCAAUCAGAAUCUACCUCUUCUCUUGUGGUUGAUGAAGGGCAAAGAAAAAACUUUUCAGGAGAGUUCCAGAACUCGUUCACAUGUGAAAUAUGUGGUGCUACCAUUGAUGACCAUGAGAAAUAUAUCAGCCACAUAUCCCUUCAUGCAGUCACGAGAAUACAAAUGUUUCAGGAACAGCAAAAUAGCUCUAUCAGUAAAGACCCCAAUACAAGUGUUGGAGAUUCUGGGACGUUCAGAACAUCCAAUUGGAAUACUAUGGGAGUGGAAAAGGAGAAUUUUACAUGUAAAAUUUGUGGUGAUGUCUUCAUGAAAAGAUCCUACCUUAAGGAACAUAUACUUGGGAUGCAUGGAAAUGUCAAUAGGUAUAGCUGUGCAUGUGGAGAAAGAUUCAAAUGGAGAAGUUCACUGAAUUUGCACAAAGAAAAAUGUCCUUCUUCUCCAUCCAAGAAUAUCUCAAAUGGUCAAAAACAUAUCCUACUCAACCAACCUAAUAAUGCCUCUGCCCGCUCAUUCAAGGGAUCUUCAAAACCAACAGCUACUGUAAAAGUUGGUAAUAAACGAAAAUCUCCAGUUUCAAGGUCUUCCUUACCACUUCCACCCAUCUCCUCAUCGCUUUCACCUAGGUCAAGGAUGCUACCAGGAAUUUCACCUCAUUUCAUUGACGUGAGAACAUCUUCAGUGCUAGGGAUGAUGCCACCUCAUAUAAGUCCAACAACUUCUUACGCUCCGGCAAUGGAAACACGGGUUCAGGCUGGAGAAAUGUACCUACAUAGUGUUCCAGUUAGUGCCACAGAGAGUCAAUUGUCGCAGCAGCAAACUCCCACCCAUUUACCGUCUAUUCCAUUUGAAAGAUCUUCUCCGCAGUCUAACAAAGUUCAGCCAAAAUAUGAAAAUGGAUCAGGACAUGCCAGUCACAGUGUUUUACCAACUGGGAUGUUUAGAAGCAACGGACCAACUGACUUUUCAUUUCAAGUUUCUAAAGAACAGGCUAUUCAACAUCAGUACUCAAGUGUCUCUACUUCAGAUACAGGGCAAAGCCAGCAGCAUCAGGAAAGUGGAAAACCUAUUGAAAAUGUAACUAGAAUCAAACAGGAAGUGAUCUCGUUUGAUGAAGAACCUGAUACCAGGAUAGAGAUGAACGAUACUGUUAUAAACCAACUGAUGCUGGCUGCGGCGGAGCCACCUGGAAACUUUGAAGUGCCUAAAACUGAACCAUAUCUUGUAAGCAAUACCAUACCUGAACAGCAAAUUAAACAAGAACAGGGCUCAUACAGCUGUGGUAUCUGUAAAAAACAGUUCCGAAAUCCGAAUUCCUUCAAUGACCAUAUGAACAAACAUCGUGGUAUAAAACCGUAUCCGUGUAAUAAUUGUGGAAUGUCAUUUCACUACCAGUCUAUCCUUAGUUCACAUAAGAAAACAUGUGGAGUGGUAGGGAAUAACAUGUAUAAAUGUCACAUCUGUGGUGACACGUUUACUGUGCGGGGCUACUUACGAGAGCAUGUUCUUGGGAAGCAUGGCGAUGCCCGUCGGUACAGCUGUCAGUGUGGUGCAACUUUCAAGUGGAGGAGCUCGCUUGGUAGCCAUCAAAAGAAAUGUCCACUGAAUAGCAAAAACUUAGUUGUAGAAUGAAAGUGGAGGAGUGCAUAUUUGGAAUCGGAUUCUUUACUUGUGUAUCUUUGUAUUGUUAAUGUCAUAUCAUAGUAAUAGUAUGACUGUAUUAAUCAUUUAACACAAAUUUACAAACGUCACUGUUCUUAAUGUAAUGGAGUAUAGGAUUAAUUCUCAGAUAUAUGUUGAUAAAAUGAUGUCAUUUGAAACACAGUUCAUACAUAACUGGAAAUUUGGUAAAAAGACAUUUUUUCUUUUAUUUUCAUGCUGACAAAUCUAUACCAUAUUUAUGUCUGGUUAAUCAUUUUUAGUGUAAUGUUCAGUUCAAAGUAUGUGCUGUUAAAAUGUGAUUUUUUCAUAGUUGAUUUUUUUUGAAGUCCAGCUUUGUCGUGUUAUGUGAAUAGGAACUGAAAAGGGAAUCUCUGUUAAUAAGAUAGUAGACAGAUUAGACAGAUUUACUCACUUUUCUGCACAUGUACCGGUACAUAUCUGUCCACCAUUACUUGCUUUAGAUAUUAUAAUUAGAUCCUUUUCUCAGUAAAUAGUAAUUUUGAAAAUUUUUAUUUUAUUUUAGCCAUAUAUACUAUUGAUCUCAUGGAAUUACUUUUGAAUGAAAGAUGCUUUUUAUUAGCUGACCUGGUGAGCUUAUGCCAUGGCGCGGCAUCCGUCCGUCCGUCGUACGUCCGUCAACAUUUGCUUCAAAUCACUACUAGUCCAAAAGUUCUUGGAUAU